AUGCAGACUGACGGCGAGCCGCCCAUCACUGUGGUGGAGGCUGACGGCGAGCCGCCCGUCACUGUGGUGGAGGCUAACGGCGACGAACCGCCCGUCACUGUGGUUGAGGUCGUCGCCGUGGAGGUGCUCGCUCCGGCAGGCGCCGUGGAGGUGCUCGCAACGGCCGAUGCCGUGCCCGUGGAGGUGCUCGCUCCGGCAGGCGCCGUGGAGGUGCUCGGCAGCAGCAGCGAGGCUGUGUCGGCGGCCACGAGCGACGCUUGCGUGUGCUCCGAGUGCAAGAAGGUGCACCCCCAGUCGAGCUUUUCGAAAACCCAGUGGAGCAAGCCAGUGGAACAGAGGCGGUGCAAGUCCUGCAUUGGAGCUGGAAAGUGGAUGCUACUCGAUGGCACCGCCGUGCUGCUGCUUCCGAUGCUCUUGGUUGCAAUUCGACGAGAGCAAAACCCGAUUUACCGAAGGCCCAACGUUGACUCACUGCUGCUGCUGCUGGCCUUCUUGUGGAAGGCUCGGAUGGCCGCCUCUCCCCACCCGAUGGUGCUGACGGUGAGCGUCUCGGGCGCCUCGCCACCCGCCUUUGCGGUAGACGGUCGCGAAGUCGGUUGGUAA